UAGGACACAAGUUGUUUGCACUACAAAAAAUAUAGGUUAUGUACACGAAGGCAGAAGCUAUUUUAAUAGCAUGAUGGCAGUAUACAUUUAGAAGUACACUCGAGGAAAUAAAUUGUACACGAUGCAAUGUAAAAUAGACCUAAAUAGGACCAGAACAUGUGCUGAGAAAGUAAAUAAGAUUUCAAGUUUGUUAACUCGCGUAUAGAACUAAUUUUUAAAACUGGAUAUCCAAGUCAUUUAAAAACUACGAAGAAGGAACAGAGUGCAGCAUCAUCGUCGAGUUGACCCCUCCUCCACCGGCUACCUAGGGCAUGUAGAUAGAUAGCCGGAGAGCUCCUAACGAAGAACCCCUAGCGCUAUGGCUUCUUCUUUCAGCUCUGGUCCCAUCGUCGACGCCCCUGUCCCAGAAAAAACAAUGAAAAUUCGAUCUCUCUUCCUUCUUUUGAGUCGGCGCGCCGGCGCUGUGAGAUUCCAGAUUUUUUGUGGGUAUGGGCCGUAUGGCCGUAUGAGUGCUCGUCUGCCAAGCUGGGAAGUUCUCCGGCCACAGUUCCGCCAUUUUCGUUGCAAACAAAAAGUAAGUCGUUCGAGAUCCCUCAGCCUAAUGCUUCCUCUGCGACAUGGUGCUUCUGUGAAAAUAUUUUGGCCCGACGAUUCAAUUUUGUGUGUAUUCCACAGUUUCCACUCCACUACUUCUCACAAUUGAUUUUAAUGUAUCUGUGAUUUUUUACUAUGGAAAUUCCCCUAUUUCUCACGAUGAUGGCUUGACGAUUCAUUAUUUUUGUUUAUUACACUACGACCCACAAUUUGUUUUUUUAAUGUGGCCUGGUGAUUCAUUUUUAAUGUGUACUUAAAGUGGCUUGGUGAUUAU